AUGAAAUUACUGCAAUCAUUGCCAGGGCUUGGCACUAGCUGUUCCAAAAUGGUAAUCGGUAAUAGGUACUCGAUAAUCCAAAAGAGAGGCCCGGCGAAAUUAUUUAUCAAUGGGAUACGGUAUAACUCGAGCAAGGUCGAACCAUCGAAAAUUGAUGAUAGGCUGCAUCGGCUGAUCAAAAAGUCCAAAUUCCUGACAAGAUUGAACGGUAAUCCUCGUUACAAACAUUAUUUCGAUAAACUUUCUGAAGCCGGCGCCGUUUCUACAAUGACAUCAUUCUUAAUCCUUCACGAAAUUACUGCUAUCGUUCCUUUGUUUGCUCUAUGGGGACUGCUUUAUAACUUAGAUCUGUCUGACCAAUAUGAGAUGCCAGUAUAUUUCAAGGAUUUGUUGAACAAAUGUGGUGAAAGUAUAGGUAAAUUAAUUGGAGAUUACGAUAAUGGCUGGGAUAGAGAUAGAUUAGUUGUAUCUGGGGCUCUUGCAUACGCCAUUGUUAAAGUAUUGUAUCCUGCUCGGAUACUUUUCAGUUUAUGGGCAGCUCCAUAUGUUGGAACUUUCGUAAUAAUGCCUUUUACCAAACUUAGGGCAUUAAUUCGUCGUUGA